AUGAUUGUCCAACUGUCAGUGGAGCAGUUCCUGCUCAACAGGCCCAGCAGCGAGAGGGCCGCAUGGCGGGAGAAGUGGGAGUCGAGUGGCAGAGACCUGGAGGCGUUCAUGGAGCACCUGGGGGAUGAGGACCUGAGGCCCCCCAGCUUGGUCCAUGUCAGCAUGGGGGAGCAGGAAGCCCUGUUCUCGGAGAACAUGCCCACGGGACAGAUCCUGGCCCACCUCCAGGAGCAGCGCUCAGCAGCAGCCGCCACGGCGCUCACCCCGGGGACACCCUCCCCGACUCCCCCAGAGACACCCCGACCAGCAGCACCAGGAGAUGCAGAUGCAGAUGCAGAUGGCGACAACCUUUCCAGUCCAGACCGCCAACCCCCCUUUAGGCUCAUCCUGGAGGAAGAGAGUCCUCAGAGGCCCGCAGAGGGCAAGGUGUCCGGGGAGAGUCCACGCAGCUCCGGUUCAGCAAGUCCGGGCGCCCCCACUGCCCAGGAAGAGCCUCCCCGAGAGGAGGCGCCCCGGGAGGCGGGGGGCGCCCGGAAGCUGUACCGGUGCGACCGGUGUCCCCGGGUCUUCGAGUACCUCUGUCGGUUCCAGCUGCACCAGAGGAGGCACAACAACGAGCGGCCCUUCGUUUGCGCCACGUGCGGCAAAGGCUUCUUCCAGGCCUCGGACCUGCGCGUGCAUGAGCUGAUCCACGCGGAGGAGAAGCCCUUCCGCUGCGGCCGCUGCGACCGCGCCUUCAACCACAGGACCAACCUGCAGGCGCACGAGCGCAUCCACACGGGCGCCAAGCCCUACGCGUGCGCUCAGUGCGGGAGGACCUACCGCCAGUCCUCCACCUACCACCGCCACCUGCGGAUGCACCAGAGGAAGGCCUCCGAUCUGGGGCCAGCUCCUCUCUGA